GGGUGAUUUUACGAGCAGGCUGCUGUCGAGUCGUCUGAGGAGGUCUGCAGUAUAGGAGACACCCAUCCUAUAUAAUGAAUGGACGCGACCUCACUCGAAUUGGUGUGGUGGGGUCGCUCAUUGAGUCAGUUCGGUUUCAGUUCCAUCUAGUUUUCUGUGUUCACGUUUUCAGUAGAGAAAAGCACUCGCUGCUGGGUGGACGUGAAUUUUCGUUCGUUCCUCUCUUAUUGCGUACCGGAAGAAGCUGUUUUAGAGUGUAGUUUCUGUGUGUGUAAAAGUGUGCAGCAAACAGCAGCGCACCUAGGAAGAAGAGCUCUAUAUUCUCAUGCACCACCCUCUGAGUUGGUUUAAUUCUGUAUUUUUUUCGGGAGAUUUUUCGUGUUUGUCUGACUCGGUCGAAGGUGUGUUACUCCUAGUGAUUCUCUUUGUGUUCCGAGUGGGGUGUGCUGCUUUUGGUGAUUCGUGAAGAAAAGCAGUUGUUAUCGGGGAUUGCUUCUGUUGCACGUUUUAGGAACUCGUCGAUUCCUCUUUAUCUGCUAUUCACAGGAAGAAGAAGUGCUUGGUGUAACGCGGAUUGAAGCAAGGGCAAACCUUCACGUUUUGGUAGUAGUGGUUUCAGUUUUCCCUCUUUAUUCGGUGUGACGAAUUGUGUUUCGGGUUCUUGAUUUGGUUGCCUGCCCGAGAAAUAGCAGUUCUACUUAUGGAUAAUUGAAUUUUAUGCUUCAAGCAGAUUCGGUUUCGUGUUUUGUGCACUCUGUACUGAAGGAAGAUUUUGCGGCGACCAAGGAAAGCAGUCGAGAAGUACUUCAAGGAUAAACGCAGCUCUUGGAACGGAUAGUGAAAAGAGUGCGGCAAAAGAGUGGAAAUCUGUUAUUUCGCCUGUGGCUCGCAUUCGAAAACACACACGCAUACAUAUUUCUCAUCGUUAUCCGUUGUCUGCUAGUUUUGCGUGCCGAAGUGACCACCACCACCUCCCGGAGUGAAAACGAGCGGAAUCGUGCCCGCGGGGUUUGUGGGUGAUAGCUAAAUAAUUGAUUGAAAGUGAUUGGUCCCUGGUCGGACGUAUAAGGAAAGAAGAAGCAAAAAAAAGUUGGCCAUAAUUUUUCCGUGCGUGAAAAGUGACCACAGAAGCGGUGUCACGGCAGUUGUGAAGGCGCAAAAAGGCAUUGAAAAGGCAGGGUGCUGAAGUGUGGUGAAGAAACGAGCGGUACAUAAAUAUUGAUACUAGAGUGUGGUGUUUGGACGGUCAUGCUAUAAGGAUAUGGGACAGCAGGCAGUUUAUGAACUUCUGUUUGUGUAUUGAUGUUGACGUAAUCAACGUGUUGUCUCGAAAGAAGAAGAAGAAACAACGCUAGACGGCUCCCACGGGAAGAUGCCGUCAGGGAGUGUCCACCGGACAGCGAGGAUUACGAGGACCACCAUCGACAGCGCCGUCAACUCGUCUGGUAUCGCCUCGCUAGCGAAUUCGACUCCGUCGCGGCAACGAAGACGGUCCUGCUGUCCAGUCCAGCAAUGCCGGCAAUGGUUACCGAUGGCACUGAGAGCGACUGGAGUGGGGACCGUAUUGAUACUUCUGGUGGUGCUACAACUCCUAGCACCGGUCACGGGUCAAUCCAAUCCGCCGCAAACAUGUCCUCAAGCGGGCGAAAUCAGCCCGUGUCAGUGUCAGGUGAAGAAGAACGGUCUGGACAUUCUGUGCGAAGCGACCGACGUUCAGCACAUUACCAGGGCGAUGAGCGCGUUAAAGGGGAAGAAUCCCAUUAUCUUCUAUCUGAAGCUACGACAUAACAAUCUGCCUAAACUGCAGGGAUUUGUGUUCCUCUCGCUCGACAUUCGACAUCUCACGAUUCACAACAGCAGUUUGGCCGCCAUCGAGGAGACUUCGUUAAGCUCGUUGGGUCGUGGUUUGACUCAGCUGGAUGUUUCCCAGAACCAGCUGUUGACGGUCCCCUCGAGCGCACUGAAGAAUCUGCACCACUUGCUGAUACUGAACCUGAAUCACAAUCGAAUUUCGGUUAUCCACAACCGGGCGUUCGAGGGUCUGGACACGUUGGAGAUUUUGACCAUCUACGAGAACAAGCUGACGUCCAUCGAACCGGAUGCCUUCCGAGGGUUAGACAAAAAGCUGAAACGUCUGAAUCUCGGUGGCAACGAUCUAACCUCCGUCCCGCAAAAAGCCCUCUCCAAGUUGGACAUGCUGCGAAAGUUGGAACUCCAGGAAAAUCGUCUCAAAACCAUUAAAGAGGGUGACUUUGAAGGUCUUUCCAAUCUGGAUGCCCUAAUCCUGGCCCACAACCAGCUCACCGAGGUACCGGCACGCGUCUUCAGCCAUUUGAUUCUGCUUAACUCGCUGGAGUUGGAGGGAAAUUCCAUCUCCUACAUCGAUAAGGAUGCCUUCGAGGGACUGGAAGAAAAUCUCCAGUACCUUCGUCUCGGCGAUAACAAUCUGCACCGCAUUCCGAGCGAAGCUCUUCGACCGUUGCAUCGUUUGCGGCAUCUAGAUCUUCGUUCCAACAACAUCUCGUCCAUAAACGAAGAUGCUUUCGUCGGAUUCGGUGAUUCGAUUACGUUCCUGAAUCUGCAGAAAAAUGAUAUCAAAGUGCUGCCGGCGUUGGUUUUCGAGAAUCUCAACUCGCUGGAGACGCUCAGUAUCCAAAACAACAAGCUGACGCGCAUACCGGAGGAAGUGAUGGAACCAAUCAUGGACUCGCUGCGUGUGGUCGACAUCAUGGAUAAUCCGCUGAUCUGUUCGUGCGAGCUGGCCUGGUUCCCGAACCUGCUGAGAGACUUAAAGAACCGCGACGACGAGAUGACCCAGAAGAAGCGCCCCAUGUGUACGAUGGCCAACGAGCACCGGGAGUACUACGUGCAGAACAUGCCCCUGGAGCGGAUGAACUGCGUCGGCAAAAAGUACCAAACGUCAUCGCUGAGCGGUAGCGGGGCUUCCGGGCUGGUUGCUCCGGUGGCCACCAGCUUCGUCGUCGGGCUGGUUCGGGUGGUUUGCCGAGAUUACCGCCACUAUUAAAAAUUGGUAGCAGCAGUGGUGCUGCUAUCCUCAUUCCUACCGGAGAGGAAAAACACUAGGAGGUAAGUGAACGUGAUUUCAACCGACGACGACGGGUCGACGAGAUGCCAGCAGGAUGAAAUACGAGAAGAACUGCAGUGUGGCACAGCGAAGCAGAAAAUACAAAUGUUGCUUUAUAUUUUCUCGUGUGGGCUUUUGUUCGCCUUUUUUUGUGUUGGCGCUUUUGUUUCUGGGAGUUUUGAGACUGGAAUGAGAGAGAGCAAUGGAAGAGAACAACAGGAGAUACUUCCACCUACACGCUUAACUUCAGUUGCGGAUUAAAUGUGUAAGUCUUUCAGGGCGGCCGAAAACUCUGUUGUCUUUUCACGCUGUUUUUCCUUAUGGUAGGUAUCUACAUUAAUGCAAAAUUGACUAGAAAGACAAAGGAAUUUUCGGGCGUAAAGAGAGACUUACACAUCUAAAUUAAGCGUGUGGCGGGAAGCGGGUUCGGAGAAAGUUGGACAGCUGACCUGUAUCAGGAGUGCGAGCGUGUGGUGUUUAGCAUAAUUACUAGAAUUAAACCGGAACCGAAAGGAUAUAGAGUUACACAGAGUAAAACCAUAAGCAAAAAUUCAGGAAACAAGUCUCACGUGCGACUGAGAAUUCUGGAUCAGGUGAGCAAAUAGAAAGGAGAAAAGCUAGAAAUAUAAAUCAACACUACCCAAGAGGCAAGAUGAAGCAUCACAUUACCAAAAAGUCUUUCAAUGGAGUAAAAUGCACUGGAACAAUGUGCUUUUCAGUUUUUCUUUUCGGAGGGAGAAGGCGUUCUGUUUCGGAGUGCUGGAGGAUGUAAGGAGAAAAUGGAGGUGGUGGUGCGAUGGGGUUAAACUUGUCAUAGCUUGUCAUGCUGAGGGUAGAUGGAAAUAGCAUCGAUCUUGAAGUGUGUUUUCCUUUGUGCAAUAAAAUUCAAAUGAGCUUCAUGACUAAAUUGUUUGGUAUUCUGGGAUGAUGAUGAAAUAUUAUGUCACGGUAUGAGACGUUACGUGAUGAAUUGAUUACCAGAUACAUGUAUUGUGCAACAUUAUUAGUUGGGCAAUUGUAAUUUUUCGUUAUUAACAUUUCCUAUAAUGAAGACCACAUCAAUUCUUUAUUUAAAUGGAUUCAAGUGAACAAAUUUAUGUUCAUAGUAAAAAUUGCAACCAAGGACGUAGCCAUUUUUUUUCAUAAAGGGGAGGAAGGGAAGUCCAAGCAAUCAUAAAAGUUGUUUAAAAAAAACAGUGAAAACCACAAUAUUAAUCUAAUCGUAUUUUCUAAAAACAAU